UCAGUGGUUGAGCAUAGUCUGUGUUUUAGAGCUCUUCGUGAGUGAAACAACCGAAGAACGCGAGCAUGGCAGAGGUUAGAUUUUCGGUGCGUGCUUACAGCAAGAUAGUUUUACACGCAGCGAAAUAUCCCCACUGUGCAGUAAACGGUUUGCUACUAGCGGAGCAGAAGCCGAGGGAUGCCUCCAGAUCGAAAGAACUCUACAUCGUCGAUGUCGUGCCCCUUUUUCACCUCUGUCUCCAUGUAUCGCCGAUGGCCGAAGUCGCCUUGACUAUGGUCGAUCAAGUCGCUGCUCAUCAAGGUCUGCUAAUUGCUGGUUACUAUUUGGCUAACGAGAAUUUAUUCGAUUUGAGCGUGGACAAGCCAGCUCACAGAAUAGCUGACAAAAUAGCGGAGAGCUAUGCUUCUGCCUUAUUAGUUGUGGUCGACAACAGGAAAGUUACGCUUCGCAUGGAAGAAAAUCCUUUGAGAGUUUCACAAAAUGUAGAUGGAAAAUGGAAACCUAUAGAGAAAAAUAAGAUAAACUUAGAUAAAGAUGUUCUAGAAGGAGUUUCGACGAUGUUGCAAGGGCAAGAUUACCGUGAUCUUGUCGACUUCGACAAUCAUCUCGACAACAUAUCCCUUGAUUGGCAGAACAACGAAUUAAACAAAAUCAUUGACGAAGCAAUAGAGGCUGUUGGUUUAGGUUCUUAAUUCAUUUGUGCGAAAUAGUGCCUCACGAAAAUUCCACGAUACUGUUACUUCCCAAGAGGAAAAAGGGGAAUAACUUGGAGAGUUGUUGCAAGCCUGGAAAACUGAGCAAAGUGAGGGAAUUUUUCAAUAUACAAAAAAAAGUUUGGUGAAUACGGCUGAAAAUUUUUAUCUGGAUUCGGAAUUCACGUCGAUCAUUGACAUAAUCAUGAAUAAUGCAAGUGAAUGAUUCAAUUUGCAUGUCAAUUGGUAAAUUCAUUCGCGUUCUGAUUUGUACGACAGUCAUAUUUUAUCUAAAUAUAAACAAAACAUGCAACAAUUUGAAUAUUACUCGUUCCAGCUUUGUAUUCUAGAACAUAACGUUAUCUCACAUUGGUUCUGUAAAAUGAAUACGCAGUUUGCCACACAUUCCGUAUAUAUGGUACUAAAAUCGUAUUCAAGAAAUAUUCUUACUUGGAAAACAUAUAAAAAUGAUAAAUUUUUCAAUGAAAAAUUUGUAAUAACCCUGAACUUUGCACAGAAUCUUUGAGUACCAUAAUUUUACCAAUGUUAUGUUCAGUGAAAAAAACCUAAUUUAACAAAAAAAUAUUCUAUAUUUAUCUGCACCUUUAAAUCUUUUGUGUCCUAUUCACAAAGUCUAUAAUAAAACAUGCAGACCUCUGAAAACCGACGUUCGAAAGACUAUUUCAAUGUUGCACGUCUAUUCUUACACAUACGUGCAUAUUAUGUGAGUAGGAGAAAAGACGAAUUUUGAUAUGAUUGUGAAAGAAAUGUUUAUUCGGUUUAAGCUUCUCACAAAUGAUUUUUUUGUUCAUUCUACAAAAUUUCAAGUUAUUUGUAAGAAAUUUUACAAAGUAGUUCGCUUGUAUUAUUUUAUUUGUUUUUUUUUUUUAUUGUUGUUGUUGUUAUUAUUAUUAUUAUUAUUAUUAAUAUUUUUUGUUUUGUUUGUCAGAUUUUUAUCACUUUUCUUUUUUUAGCAGUAUACGAUACAUAAUUAAGCCAUCGGUUAUUUAGUCUACUCUUUUAACUUUAUAGCUGUUCAGCUGUACACAAAUUACCUACACCUAUAUCCCUCGUCUCGCCUUUCUCACACUCAUUCCUCGGUUCUCCUACCUUUUUUUGUUUGGUGACAUAUUUCUGAUUACUACGUGCCCUUGAGAUUCAUUUGAAUCGCACACGAGUGACACAAACAGUAAUAGAAAUUUCAACUUUUCAUUUAUUCAGGUACAAAGUUCUUGAAAUUUUAUUUUACAUCGGUAUCUAUGUACUCAUUCACCGUACAACAACACUCGCCGGUUGUUUAAAACUGCGGAUCGCGCCUCUACAUCUCUCAUUAAAAAAAAAAGAAAAAAAAUUAUAAUUAUUAUCUGUAUACUGUUUCGUAGAUUUCAAUUUUUUAGACUUUAUCUGCUUGUAAGCACAGACUGGAUAUUUAAUCAUACCUUUUCUUAAAAUACAUUAUUAUGAGGUUGAAACAAAUGAUAUUUACUUUUUCUUUGUGAAAAAAUUAUUUUUCCUUUUCACUGGAAAUAAGAAAAAGAACUUCCUUGUUUCCUCGCUUUCGAGUGCACACCAUGCGGUCAAAUUUUGCAUGAAAACGUACGAAUAUGUGAGCCAAUAAACAGUUUUUCACAUCACCUUAUUUAAUCUCGCGAAAACGAGAAUAGGCAAGAAUAAUUCUCUGCACAAUUUCUUUCCAGCUCUAUUUGAUGGGGUGCGAUAGAUACGUGCAAUAAUUUAUCACAACCAUUUGUUUUCUUGCCACUCAAUGCGAUCUACUCUAAAAUCGCCGUAUUUAAUAACCUCCGAUAAAUUAAUAAUUCACUUCAUGGCUUGUAGUUUGUUUCUAUUUCUUUAACUUAAGAUAUUAUAAAUCAAACUGCAACUAGCCUCGUGUUCUUUGAUCACUUGCACUGUUUGAUUAUGUUUAGCUUAAACUCGUCGUCAUUGCUGUGGUAUAUUAUCCAUAUACUGUCGGUAAUAUUUGCGAUUUUAUUUUUAUUUAUUUUAA